AACCCAAAUCAAAGGCCUACACCUAACUGCCAAUCACAAACAACUCCUUGUCCCUCUCGACUCUCUAGCAUCUCAGACGUUGCAGCAGGAAGGAACUAGCUGCCCCAGCCAUGCCAGGCCCAGGUCCUCACAUGAUGUACGCCAUGGGUUCCGGUCUGGCCCUCACAUCCCUAACCGACGGCCGUUUCAGCCCUCACCACACUCUCACCUACGCCCUCAACGCCUUCUUCGGCCCCGACAUCGGCUCCUUCUCCGAGUGGCUCGGCUCCACCCUCGGAUUCGGCAAGACCUUCGCCUCCGCGCUGGCCGAUGCGGUCCACCACCCCUUUUAUUACGUUCUCAUUCUUGGGCUCCCUCUGUGUUUUCUGUACUCUUGGGUCUCCAGGUUCUUGCUUCAAAAAGGGGUUCUCGAUUCAGUGUCUGGGGUGCCGCUUACUAAGAAGCAAUGCUUGUUGUUGGUCUCAGCAGGUUCUUUAACGCACUUUUUCCUAGACCACUUGUUUGAGGAAAAUGGACAUUCCACAAUGUAUACUUGGGUAUUGAGCACUGGUUGGUGGGAGAGCCGAGCACCUAUAAACCCAGAUGCCGUUGUAAUAGUUGGUUUCUUAUGCAUUUGCUUGAUUGGAGGCUUUUUUCACAUCAACAGAGUGAAGCCCUUAAAGUCCAGAAGAAAACAAUCAUAUCAAUCAAUGAUACUUAUACUGAUCAUAGCAAGCCUAUACUGCUUAUGGUGUGCAAGCCAAAUAUACUGGGUAAAUCCUCGUCGGCCGGCAGUUGGCGAAGAGGCUGAUCUUGGAGUUCUUGUAUUCUUAGCUAUUUAUUUUUUUCUCCCCCACGGUUUGUGUAUCAUGUCCAUGUACCCAAAAGAUCUUGACACAGAUCAAAUUCCCCCUUAACGAUAUUUACACAUCUGCUAUAUAACCUAAUGUAGCUGAACAAAUGCUUUGAGUUUGGACAGCACAAAGUUUCGGGUUUUGCAUUCUGUCAUGAAUCAAGAAGCUUCUAUACUUGGUGGAAUC